UCAACACAUUGGAUAUAAAAGAUGUUUGGUAAAAGUUUUACCAUUAUCGUUACUACUUUAUAGUGAUCGAAAUGUAUUUACUUGGAUGUUUAUUUUCACUUAUUUUCCUUCAGAUCACAUUCGCUCAAAGUAUUUCUUAUAUGCCAAGAAAUGGCGUCGCAACUUCUAAUAUUGUCUCAGCUACUCAACCCCAAAAUGUAAUUGCCAAUGGUCAUAACAUUGGAUUAGCAAGAUCUCCAAGCGGCAUGAUAACAAACACGCCACUCGGUGUUGGCAACGGAAUCGCAAGUGUUAUAGCAAAUACACAAAUUGCUAAUGCGAUAAAUGAAAAUGCAAUCGCUGCUGCCAACCAAGAUGCAGCUAACGCGAUUACUAACGCUAAUCUAGCAGGUAUUGCCAAUGGAAAUGGUGCAGCGAAUGCCAAUUUAGCGGCUCUAGCCAGUGCUAAUUUGGCAAGCAUUAACGGUAAUAUGGCAACAUUUAAUCUUGGUAAUGCUUUCACAAUAACAAGUGGCUCGCCUGGCAAUCCAGGCUUUGGAAUUCAAGUUUCAGGUGAUGCCUUAGAAGUCGGUGGAACAGUGGCCGUUAAUGGUCAAAUACCAAUCUACGGGACAGUAGCGGUUAACGGUAACUUGCCUACUGAGGGUUCCGCAGCAGUUAACUAUAACUGUGGAAGACAAAUUGUCGAAUAAUCUUUUUUAUUUAAUUGUAAAAUUAAAAUAAUAACU